AUUUCUCUAUCUCUCUCCUGUUGUAUUUUAUCAACCGGAAAAACGCAACACCUGAGUGAACUGAACUAAGAACUCCCGCGUUUUCAAUGGCAUUAGUUACUCCCAGCAGUUGCGUCCGAUUAACAGCGGUACCUACUGCGCACGUUAGGCACAGAAUGGCUGUGUUUGCUACUAUAUCCCCUCCAAGUAGUGGAACCGUGAAUUGGGUCGAGGCAACUAAUGGCUUCUUUGAAAGAGACGCCAGACCCAUCAUGUUGUUUGAUGGUGUUUGCAAUCUUUGCAAUGGAGGUGUUAGGUUUGUGCGUGACAAUGAUAGAAAUAGGAAAAUUAGGUAUGAAGCUCUUCAAAGUGAGGCAGGUAAAAAGCUGCUCAGGAGGUCAGGAAGAGCCCCUGAUGAUAUUUCAAGUGUUGUACUUGUUGAAAAGGACAGAUCAUAUAUCAAGUCAGAAGCUGUGUUGAAGAUAAUGGAAUACAUUGACUUGCCUUUUCCCCAGCUAGCAUUCUUCCUACAGUUUGUACCUCUGUUCAUAAGGGAUUUUGUCUAUGACAACGUUGCAAACAAUCGUUACACAAUUUUUGGUCGGUCGGAAUCAUGUGAGAUAUAUAAUGAUUGAGAACCAGUCAUUGCAGUUAUGUGUAUGUAUAUUGUAUAGUCCAUAAAUGAAAGAUCUUUAGUUUCUUAGUUAUUGCUCUGUCCAAAAGAAACAGAAUUAUGUCAAUCUGCAUCAUUUAAGAUAUAACAACAUAAUCUUAUUGGUGCAUUGAUUUAUAGUGCCUGAUUCAGCAGCUAAAUCUUUCCGUUCCUAGUUGAUAAUCAAAUCUCCUUCUGGAAUUUCUUUCCUCUAUUUUCGAGGCAAUCGGAAGAUUAGAACUUUGAGAAGAUUGCAUA